CGAUAUGUCGGGGAACUUUUAUCUGCCUGAGCUGACACUUGUAUACAGCAGUUUUCUAAUGACACCUCACAGAUAUCAGAAACGAAAUGCCGGUAUACGUUUAUUGGGCACAGAUUCAGUGAAUACAGAGUGGAUUGCACGCGAUAUGAUAGCACUUGCCUUGUUUAUAUGCAUCCCGCUGUGUUCCUCCGCACGAACAGAAUAUUUCGUGUACCCCGCAAUCGUAGAGCCACGGUCGACUGCAAGCAAUCUUGUUCUUCGUAUAAAUGAAGACAUCACUCUGAACCUCGAAAAAAGUGACGUACUGGCAGAGCAUCUGCUAUUCGUCACUGCCACCCGAGAAAGACAUGAAGUCGAAACAGUCGACACGUCCUCAAUACAAGACAAGCUGUACCAUGACCUCAAUGAGCAAUCAUCUCUUAUGGUAAAUCAAACUGAUGGAACCCUUCACGUUGAAGGCGUUGUCAACAGCAAGCUAAGAAUCAAGCCAAUACCUGAAGGGCAGCGUUCACUGCAAGGCCACGUGCUUCAUAGCUUAUAUGAAGUAAAAGAAAUAAAAGAAGAGUUGGUAAAAAUGGGAGCAUAUUCGAGGUAUUAUCCCGAAACAAAAGCACGACGCCAUCAAGUAGCAAGUGGGAAAAUUCAAGUGAUCUCUCCUGGAAGUCAUCAUCUCCCACGGGCUACCACGACGACUGCGACGACUACCAGAAGACUGAUGUUAGAAUUCGUGGUUGAAGUUCACAUAAUAUCCGAUGAAGAGCACUGCCAACAUUUCAGUUCAAGAAUGGAAUUGAUCAUUUACAUGGGAAUCAUGAUAAACGCGAUGCGUCUAAGAUACCUUGAGAUGACAGCACCUAUCAUUAAAUUCAAGCUUGUUGGUGUAACAAUGAGUAAGGAUGACACAUUCGCCAGCGUCAUUCUAGGCACCUUGGAGGCGUACGAGACGCUCGACAACUUGGAAAAAUAUUACGUACAGGGAAAUAUUCCAGAAAACCCCGACGUAGUGUACCUUAUGACAGGCCGAGACAUCUCCUCCACUAAGGGCGGAACUCUCGAAAGGGGGGUAGCUGGGCUCGCCAAUGUCGCUGGAGUCUGUACAGUCCGCAGAGUGGCUCUUGGCGAAGAUGUCGCUCUAUCCUAUGAAGGAGUUUAUGCAAUGGCCCACGAGAUUGCCCAUCUGCUUGGAGCACGACACGAUCCCAUGGUGUCCGAUGACUGCGCAUGGAAAUAUGGUUACCUCUUGAGUUACGAAGAAGGCGGCACCAACAAGUAUCGGCUCUCCCGCUGCAGCGAGGCUAGCAUAAGGGCCAACUUAGCGCGCCUCCCAUAUACUUGCAUACUGCAGAUGACAAGAGUGUAUAUAUCAUACGUGCGUAACUCCGGUGUCAUGCCGGGGCAGAAGGUUUCUUCAGCUCGAUAUUGCGAAUUGAUCUACAGAAGGUAUUUGAGAAGGAACAGAAUCCAAACCAAGGCCUACGCAGCAAUGCCCACAGAUUUAGCUGAAGUAUGCAAGAUGAAAUGUUGCUAUGACAGAUAUUAUAGAACAUGGUGCCGAACAGUCGAUGUUUUGGAUGGGAUGACAUGCGUAGGAGAACGCACAUGCAGAAGAGGAGUUUGUGCAAACCACACCAGGGCAGAAAAAUAAUUUUUAAAAAAGAGAGGACCAAGAGCCUUCAAGGGCAAAUUAAAAACACGUUAUUCCCACAACUUACUCCUGAGAUCAUUGGUAUAUUAGCCAAAUACUUUCCUGGAUUUGGUCAUUAAAAUUACAGAUACGCGCCGCGCACUCAAUGCACAACUAAAUAAAAUAUCGGUGGAUAGCAAUUUCAAGCCUUUCGCUUUUUGGU